AUGUUUCUAGAUGCGGUCCUUAGGAUAACCGGACUGCUGGUCCUCACCGUUCCAACUUUAGCAGCGGAGUGCACACGUGAGGGUCUUCUCGCAGCCACCGAAUCCUAUCUCACAGCCCAAACAUCCGGCAAGGUCAGCAACCUCAAGCUUUCGAGCAGCAACUUCACAUACCGACAAAACAACGUUGUAUCCGACAUCACCAAAGGACUCCUUUCUACCGCCUACAAAGUUGAUCUCAACCGCUCCACUGCCGACACGGUAGCCUGUGCUUCCUACACAAUGUGGAUCAGCACUUCUGGCAGCAAGCCAUACGUUGUCAGCACGCAGAUCCGGCACGCCAACAAUGACACGAGCUCGAUUAGUAUGAUUGACACCGUCGCCGCGAGCACGGGAGAUUUGUUCUUUGAUGCUAAAAAGACACUUGGAUAUAUCCAGAAAGAAGACUGGAAAAUUAUACCCGCUGAGCAACGUCCAUCGCGCGAGUUGUUGAAAAAAGUCGGUGACGCUUAUUUGGACAUGUGGACCGACGCCAAAGCCGCGGAUAGUAUUCCCUGGGGUACGGAAUGUGAGCGCGUUGAAGGUAGCCAGUACACAAAUCCAUGUGGCAAGACGCUGCCGCGCGGCGGCAGCAGCAAGAAUAAUGGUAUGAGACGAUAUGUGAUUGACGAGGAAAUGGGGAGCGUAGAUUGUCAGUUCGAUAGUUUGGGCGCUUGGCCGGAUAGUCAUGAGGUUAGAGUUGUCGCGGGAAAAGUGAAGUAUGUGCAUACUGUUACUGUUAUGAAGCUAGGGUAG